UAUGUACUAACCAUUAUAUAAAUGUUGUUUCGUUGUUUGGUCACGUUCAUUGUUGUUAUACCGUUUAACCGAGAGUUAGCUAGUGCUCUUUCAUGUUAAAGUUAGACCGUUAUGCAGGGGCGGCGGGUUAGCUAGCGGUGCUAAUCCUCUUCAUUGCUGGCCAGGAUGAUUGAUGUUCGGGCAUGGGCAGAGUAUGUGGUGGAGUGGGCUGCCAAAGACCCUUACGGUUUCCUCACCACUGUCAUACUGGCUCUCACACCUCUCUUCAUUGUCAGCGCACUGCUGUCCUGGAAACUGGCCAAGAUGAUUGAGGCACGUGAUCGAGAACAAAAGAAAAAGCAGAAACGUCAGGAAAACAUAGCCAAGGCCAAGAGGACCAAGAAGGACUGAGCCUGUGAGAAGGGUAGGAUGAGGGCAUAAAGAAGGAGGAGCAAACUCCACGCUUACAGUCCUCCCUAUUCCAAAUAAUGACACAGUGCCCUUCCUUGUCCCAGGCCUAUUGUCACACAGGGCCAAUGUGCGUCAUGUCCGGGGUAGGAGGAGAGACGCUGGCCCCACAGGCCUAACAGUGCUGAGAAGGUCAGUACUGCCCAUAGGAAGCACGUCCCAGUGGGACUUUUGUCAGCAAGGGCACAGUGGUCAUCUUUAUGAUGUCUUUAUACAGAGAUCCACUGUUAAUAUUGUGCAGCUGUUGCAACACCUCGCAUUCCAUUGUUGGCAUCCCUGUUCUCCUGAAUUGAUGAUAUAAUGAGCAAACUGGAACUUUAUUUCAAGUCACUUGCAAAAUGUCCAAAUCAUUAUUUUCUAAUCAAUAAAGUUUUCAUGGUUGAUAAGAAAAUCCAAUUUCCUCUAUGUGAAUUUAAUAGUAUCACAAAUGCUUUUAAUUCAUUGCACAUAAAGUAUUCACACCUUCAUGUGUUAUUGUAUUGCAACAAUAAACCAGAGUGCAUGUAAUAGGACUUUAAUGUAUUGAUCUGCUAAAUGUAUUUUAAUGUCAAAAGUAAAACAAAUCCUGAUAUAUUAAGCAAAAUUAAACACAAAUCUGGGGCAGCCUGUUGUCUUUAGAAGUUACAUAAAGAUACCUGUGUAUAGUAAGUAUGUGACAAGUGAAUUUGCAGGGUCCCACUCUUGGUUAGUCAGUAAAAAAAAAAAGAAGCAAAAAACAGUAUGAAGACAAAGGAACAUUCAAACAGUCAGAAGAUGGAUUAAAAAAAUGUAAUGGCUAUAAAAAACCAUUGCUGCCAAAGGCGAGGUGACUUUCUUUUUAUAUCAUCUUGAAGGAAGAGAACCAGGAUUGAUUGGGCCUGAUUUAAUCAUUAUGCAAAAAUUGUUAGUUUAAUACAACAUGCUCUUAAUUUAAAUCUACUUAUAAUGAUUUGUGUUUAAUUUGAUAGUCUUGAACUACACUCACUAUGAUUCAGUGAAUAAUAAAACAUUCAAAGGUCCAGUGGGGUGGAUUUGUUUUACUGUUACUGUAAUUGUUUAAUACUUCUGAGCCUGUAAAGAAGCAGUUAAAAUUAAUAAUUCUACAUGCAGACAGGUGGACAAAUGCACAUUUCAGUAUACACCCCACCCCCCUUUUUUUUCCUCAUGAAGUUUUAUAUUCUCUUGACAGCAUUUAGAAACUCAUAUGCGAGUAUGGAGACCAUGUCUUCAACCACAGGAUCCUAGUUUAUGCUGCUCUUUUAGCAGCUGUUUGCCCUGCAGAAAUUUGUUGAACUACUCUGUGACCAACAUUAAAUCUGACCACUUACUGGAGAUCUACAUACUGUACCAUUAUUCAUGAUUCUGACUUCUGACCCACCUCCAUGAAACACCAGCACUACAGUUUCGCUGCACUAUGGUCAGAGCUGAACUGAGUUUAGAAUUAACAUAUUUACAUGUUAUAUUAACAUUUCCUACAGAAUGUACAUUUGUAGUCUAUGUGAUCAAUAGCCAGAGGAACAUUGUAAUUUUUCUUUCCUUU